AAACACAAGAAGGAAAGGAGGAAAAAAAAAAGUAAAAGAAGAUUAUAUCCAACUAUCCAAGUGAAGCAGUGUAGUGUAGCAGUAGCUCACUCCACAAAUUGAAGCUUUAAUGGCGAUGGCAAUGACUACACUGAAGACCCACUGCCAUAACUGUAUAAUCUCUAAAACAACAACCACAACUUCAAUGCCUAAUUUUAUGGCAUUUAACUUUUCUUCAUCUUUUUGUCCGCAGCUUCCUCUCCAUUUUAGGCAUAAACCCACUUCUCCUCUCUUCUCUAAACCUCUAUUUUCUCUCUCUUCCACACAAUUUUCUUCUCGGACUAUCAAUGCUUCAGCCAAAGAAGAAUUCUCAGGACGUGUUGGGUUUCUUGGAAUUGGAAUAAUGGGUUCUCCAAUGGCCCAAAAUCUCAUAAAAGCCGGGUGUGAUGUGACUGUCUGGAAUAGAACUAAGAGUAAAUGUGAUCCUCUCAUCAGCCUGGGUGCUAAGUAUAAACCCUCUCCAGAAGAAGUAGCUGCGUCCUGUGAUGUGACAUUUGCCAUGCUUGCCGAUCCUGAUAGUGCAGUGGAUGUUGCGUGUGGGAAGAAUGGAGCCGUAAAUGGGAUGGGUCCAGGCAAAGGGUAUGUAGAUGUUUCAACAGUUGAUGUCGGGACAGCUAAACUUAUAAGCGAGCGUAUAAAAGCUACCGGGGCAUUGUUUUUGGAGGCUCCAGUUUCUGGCUCCAAGAAGCCAGCUGAGGAUGGGCAGCUGAUAUUUCUUACAGCAGGUGACCUGUCCCUAGAUGAAAGAGUUGCUCCCCUCUUAGAGAUCAUGGGAAAGUCGAAAUUCUAUCUUGGAGAUGUUGGCAAUGGUGCUGCAAUGAAACUUGUCGUGAACAUGGUCAUGGGAAGUAUGAUGGCAUCGUUUUCUGAAGGACUGAUGCUUAGUGAAAAAGUUGGGCUGGAUGCAAGUGUCCUCGUUGAGGUAAUCUCACAAGGCGCAAUUAGUGCACCAAUGUACAAACUCAAGGGACCAUCAAUGAUCCAAUCCCAAUAUCCUACAGCAUUCCCCUUAAAGCAUCAGCAGAAGGAUUUAAAGCUUGCUCUUGGAUUAGCAGAAACUGUUUCUCAGCCGAUACCAAUUGCAGCGGCUGCAAAUGAACUUUACAAGGUUGCCAAAGCUCGUGGCCUUAGUGAUCAGGACUUUUCAGCUGUAAUUGAAGCUCUUAAAUCCAACCCCACAGAAUAAAACAGCAACCCAAUAUUACACAAUACACUCCUUGUUGGUUUCUUGCUGUAGUUUAUCCUUUUCUCUUUAAUCCUGUAGAAUCUGACCCUCUUUCCUAUUGAGGAAAGCAUACAAAAUAAAUUCAAUUGGUUCUUUUCUUGUUCUUCUCC